AUACAUUGGUACAAUUUCAUAAAGUAUUAAUAUACGGUUCACAAAUAUCUCCAAAAUUGUUGAUGAUAUAUCGCUUUGCGAUAGAUAUCAAAAUCAAAAUAUGUCUAAAAUAGCCAUUUCAGAGUGAAUUAUACCUUGCACCAGAUUUUUUGGUACCACCAAACAGUGAUUAUGAUGCAUAUCAUCAGUACGUCGAUAACUACCUACCUGCUGAAAGUCCUGUUCUGUAUGGACUUCAUCCCAAUGCAGAAAUUGGGUUUUUAACACAAACUGUGGAAAAUUUGUUUAAAACGUUAUUGGGUAUACUAACAAGAACUGCCAGCGAUACAACAAGCGGAGAUAUUUCGAAAGAAGACAAAAUAAAAGGACAAAUAGAAGACUUAUUGGACAAACUACCAGAAGAAUUUAACAUGCUAGAACUUUAUAGCAAGGUGGAAGAUCGUACACCAUUUGUCACAGUAGCUUUACAAGAGUGCGAACGAAUGAAUCUACUGUGUGAAGAACUUAGAAGAUCCCUGCAAGAAUUAGAAUUAGGCUUAAAAGGAGAAUUAACUAUUAAUCCUGAGAUGGAAGAUCUACAAAAUUAUAUAAUGAUGGAUGCUGUUCCGCCGUCUUGGACAAAAAGAGCUUACCCUUCAGAAUUAGGAUUAAACAGUUGGUUCACGGAUAUGUUGUAUCGAAUAAAUGAAUUAUCUAAUUGGACUGCAGAUUUUAACUUUGUGAAAUUGAUAAUUGAAUUCGUGGCAAAUUUUCAUGCCUGGAAUUCAACUCAAACUGAUAAAAUAAACAUAGGAAAAUUGAAUGAGCGACAGAAUAAAACUUCGUUCAACGCACACGAUUGUUUCUACGCAUAAAAAAUCAGCACCAAGAGAAGGCGCAUAUAUAAACGGAUUGUACAUGGAAGGUGCACGGUGGGACGUUCAAGCAGGAUGUAUCAUGGACUCUCGAUUUAAAGAAUUGUUUCCAUUAUUACCAAUAAUGUAUAUUAGGGCGAUUACACAGGACAAACAAGAUUUAAAGAAUAUGUAUGAAUGCCCUGUGUAUAAAACACGAUCACGAGGUCCUACUUACGUGUGGACGUUCAAUUUAAGAACUAAGGAGAGAGCUAGUAAGUGAAUUCUUGGUGGAGUGGCAAUUCUAUUACAAAUCUAAUUUUAUAAAUUAAAUUAUGGUCUAAAUAUGCAAUUAAAAUAAAGAUUUUCGAAAUUGACAAA